AUGGCUGAACAAGAACAAGAGAGCGCCCGAGUUAGAGCUGAACUAGACGAAAUCAAAGGAGGCAUGUCCCAGAUGCAAGAGAUGCUGCAAGCUUUAACCUUCAGGUUUGAGAUUCCACAAGCAACCGUGAUUUCAGAGACCACGGGCCCAGCAGUAGAAGUCCCACCUCAGAGGACGUUACCCUCAACCCUUCCUCCGUAUGGGCUACCCUAUGAUUUCGUCCCCCGAGCGGAGGUGGUGCACGAAAUGGGGCAAUCUGUCCAACAAGUUGUGCCAUUACCAGUUUACACCGACGCACGUCCAGUCAUCCAUACUGUGGUUCCACCAGCCGCCUAUGCUAGGCAUGUUCCUCAUUAUGAAGAUCAAAACCACAUGUAUCAGACUGUUGACUCAACUGUUGCCGGUGACGAGGUAAGGCUUAAGGAUUUCAGGGAGGUAAAGGAGAACAUGCAGCUCCUUGAGAAGAAGUUUCGAGAUCUAGAAGGAGACCACGUCUUUGGAUCUGCUGCCAAAGAAAUGUGCCUUGUAUCCGGGUUGGUGAUUCCAGCAAAAUUCAAAACCCCAGACUUCGACAAAUACAAGGGGCAUACUUGUCCAAAAAGCCAUCUCAUCAUGUAUUACCGCAAAAUGGCUGCACACGUGGAGGAUGACAAGCUGAUGAUCCACUGCUUUCAGGAUAGCUUGAGUGGGGCUCCUUCCAAAUGGUAUCUAAGUCUGGAUCAGAACAGGAUCAGGUGUUUCCAAGACCUGUCAGACGCGUUCAUAAAACACUACAAAUACAAUAUGGACAUGGCACCUGACAGAAGACAGUUACAGAGCAUGUUUCAACAUGACAAGGAGUCCUUCAAGGAGUAUGCUCAAAGAUGGAGGGAACUGGCUUCUCAGGUUGAACCACCUCUUGCUGAGAAAGAAUUGGCCGAACUGUUUAUUGACACUGUCCAACCCCAAUUCUACGAGAAGAUGGUGGGAAGUGCUUCUUUGGGAUUCUCCGAGCUUGUUGCUAUAGGAGCUCGCGUUGAAUAUGGUGUAAGGAAUGGAAAACUGGCGGCUGUAGCUGGAACUUCAAAUCCUAAUCCAAAGAAGUUCUCUGGAGGGUUUCCUAGAAAGAAGGAAGGGGAAACAAAUGUUGUGACUGCUGGUCAAGGAAGAGCUCCUCCAAGAAGGAGACCACAACAAUAUCCACCUCAGCAGUAUGUUCAACAACCGAUUCCCUAUCAACAACCCAUGUAUCCAGUCCAGUACGCUCCUCAGCCGUACGUAGCUGCUGUGACGCCUGCAUUCAAUCAACAGCCUGCUCAGGCUUAUCAAGCGCCUCCAGCUUACCGACCAGCUCCAGUUCAACAACGUGUCGCGGCUCCGCCAGCUUAUCAACAAGCACCGGCAGCUCCUGUUUAUCAACAACCGAGAGCUCAAGCGCCGAGGCAGAAUGCUCAGAACCAAAAUAGGAGACAAGGGGAGAGGGUGACCUUCAAUCCAAUCCCAAUGUCCUACACUGAGUUGUAUCCUUCCCUAUUGCAAAAGGGUUUGGUGGUUCCCAGACCUAUGGGACCUCCACCUGAUCGUCUUCCUCCAUGGUACAACCCUAAUGCACACUGUCCUUUUCACGAAGUCAACGCCAUUGAAGACGCUUCUGUUGGUGUUACGGUUGAUAAGGCGGAGGAUGUAAAGACUCCUUUGGCAGCAUUCCAUGCCCGAUUGGUGGAAGCUGGCCUGGUUAAUGUUGAUCAUGAUAACUGUGAAGAGUGUGCCACACACCCAAGAGGAUGCCAGGUGGUACGAGACAAUAUUCAAGAUUUGAUGGAUAAAGGAGUGCUUCAAAUAUCCAGUGCUGUGAAGAAUGAAGAUGUGUUGGUAAUUGAACCUUGCUUCAAUUUACCUGAACCAGUGGAAAUCCCUUACUAUAGCAGAAGGGUGGCGCCUGAGGAUAGUCAUCCGUCGCCUGUGGAAAUAUGUAUGCCCGCACCUUUUCCGUAUGAGAGCACCAAGGUCGUGCCUUGGAAAUAUGAGAUUACUGCUGUGGAUAAGGUGGUUGAAGGAAGUUCAGACGCUGAGGUGAUAGAAGCUGUAAGUGAAGACGUCACCAAUAUUGCAGGAAUGAGCAGAAUGACCCGUAGUGGUCGAAUCUAUACGCCUGAAUUCAAUGUGACUCCUCGAGAGCCAAACAAGGAAUCAACAGUUGUAACCCCUGCUAAAGAACCUGAAGUGGUCCAAUCCGAAGAUGCUGUGGAAUUCUUGAAGUUAAUCAAGAGAAGUGACUACAAGGUUGUGGAUCAGUUGCAUCAAACGCCAUCUAAAAUCUCUAUUCUAUCUCUGUUAUUGAACUCCCAAGCUCAUAGGGAAGCUUUGUUGAAGGUGCUUGCACAAGCUCAUGUAACACAAAGCAUAACGGUAGACCAGUUUGAUGGGGUAGUUGCAAAUAUCACAGCCUGCAAUACUUUGAGCUUCAGUGGAGAGGAGUUACCUGAGGAUGGACAAAAUCACAAUCGUGCUCUCAAUAUCUCGGUAAAAUGCAAAGAUGAUGCUUUGGCAAGAGUGUUGGUUGAUACCGGAUCUUCUCUGAAUGUUAUGCCGAAGAGAACACUCGCCAAAUUAUCUUAUCAAGGACCAGCUAUGAAGCCCAGUGCCUUGGUAGUGAAAGCUUUUGAUGGGGCAGUUACCUCCACUUUACACCAAAAAAUGAAGUUUGUAGUGGACAAUCAAUUAAUCAUCAUUUCUGGAGAGGAGGACUUUGUGGACCCUGUUGGGAAAGCUUGUUCAUCUUUCGCGUCUCUGAAGAGCGCCAAGUCUAGUAUUGAAGGAGGAAACCCUGAAGGUUGGGGACAACUUAUUGAUAUUCGUGAGAAGCAUGAUCGCUUUGGUCUGGGAUAUGUGCCUUCCGCUGCGAAAGGAGCCCGAGUCCCUGCAAAGGACAACACCCGAAGCAUCCAGGAAGUAUUCCUCAACACAGGAUUCAUCCAUGGAGAUCAAGUCAAUGCAGUUGAAGAUAGCACCGAAAAUGAAGACGAGCCAUGUUUGGUUUACCGGUUUGAGACAGCUUUGAACAACUGGAAGGCGGUUGAGAUCCCCGAAAUUUUCCCUUUGUCAAAGUAA